CAACUGAAAGUCGCGUCGCUCUGUGAGGACAGUGUAACACUGUACGCUGGAGCAAAAAACCUGCCCCUCCCCCACCCCAGGUCUCGAACCAAUGAAAAAAAAAAGUGAUGCCCUUCCUCGCUCCCCUCCUUGACACGUCGAAACGAACCCCCCAUUCCUGCGACUCAAUCCCAAUAAGUAUCCUCAACACGGCGCCCGCCGGCAUAGUUUUUUUCCUUGCGGUCUUCGGCACCCCGACGCGUCCCUUCGUCGCGACUCCUUCUCACGAUAGCUCCGGCGGCUUGUUGACGCGAUUCACCGAGACUGCAAUACGUCGCCCGUCGGCGCUGCCCCAUUCCUAGCACUGCCCAAAGCUGGCUCCCCGCCGGGCCUGGUUCGGUUU